GGAAUUGUCUCAAAGUCUCGACUCGGGAGACAGUCGAGCCACGACUGGCUCUCAGUAUUUUCUCUGCUAUUGGGCACUAAGUACAUCAAGCGACUCUGUAACCACCGCAAUGGAAUUUUUCUGGACUCUGGCCCUGCUGCUGAUAUAUAGUAUAGACCUUACCAAUGGCGCCUGUGAAAGAAUUUCGGAUUUGAAAAAUGGUUCAAUCGGAAGACGAGGAAGGGAUAUAGUGAGAUUCAGGUGCGAUCGCGGCUACAUUCUUCAAGGACCAUCGGUAGCUACCUGUGACCGGAAUGGUCGCGUUCGAGGUGAAAAACGCUUCUGUGCCAAAAUCGGAUGCCAGGGCCUCGAAAACCCGGAGAACGGUCGAGUUUUCAAUCAUAACUUGAGGGCGGAUAUCGUGUGCAAUGAUGGCUAUGUGCUGGUUGGGAGUCGCACAGCAUUUUGUGAUGGAAAAGUGUGGAACACUCAGUUGGGAUCUUGUCGAAACAGUAACCACACGGCAAACCAUUCCUGCGACUUCGAGAGCGAGGAUCAGUGCGGUUGGGACGUGGACAAGACCUGGUGGAGUCCUUGGAGACGGGUCAGCACGGUGUCCGACAUUCACUCCCUGAGCACAGGGCCCCGCCACGAUCAUACGUUCAGAAACCAAUCCGGCGGUCACUACAUGCGCAUGGAAACACAGAUGGGGUCCUAUGGGAGCUUCCACCUUAUGUCGCCAAUCUAUCCCAGAUCCCUCAGCCUGAAGACCGCCUGCUGCUUCCGGUUCCAUUACUUCAUGUACGGAGCGGGCGUGGAUAGCCUGGUGGCUUCCGUAAAACCCGUCUCGAUGCGGGUGACGGACAUGUGGAAUAAUUUCAAAUUCAACUCUACCAAAUUCAAGAUAACUGGAGCUCAGGGAACCGAGUGGCUGGAGCACACGAUCACCAUCGACGAGAUGCAGGAGGACUUCCAGGUAGUUUUCACGGCCACGGAUGCGCGGUCUAGGUUUGGGGACAUUGCCAUCGAUGACGUGAAGCUGAUGACGGGCAGCGAGUGUGGCACGAAUGGGUUUACCACCACCACCGAGCCACCUGCACCGACGGGCGACACGAGUGAAAUGCCGCUGGUUUUCGAUAUGAUGAGCUGCACGGGUCGUUGUGGAAUCAAAAGUUUGGAUUCUAAAAAUAGCAGUCAAGGUCUCAUUAUGGGAUGUGGGUGCGAUGAGAGCUGCCUUUCUUAUGAUAAUUGUUGCCUCGACUUUAAUGAGGAGUGCGAUAAGGAACUAAACGUAUUUGCCGAUGACGAUCCACAACUUAACACUACAACAACCUCUGGCACCACUACACCAACUCCAACGACAACGAGAGCGACAACAACGACUUCUUCUACUACAACUACAACGAGGAGGACGACAACACCAACGACUUCUACUACUACAACUACAACCAGGAGGACGACAACACCAACUACUACUACGCCAAGGCCGACUACAACUACCAGAAAGGCAACAACCACUCGAAGGACAACAACCACUAAAAGGCCGACUACGACAACAACGCGAAGAACCUCAACAUCAUCGACUCCAAAGACAACGACAACCACUCGGAAAAUGGUAACAACGAAGAAAACUACAACAACACUACAACCUACAACUACUACCAAAAAGGUUGUUGUGACAACCACGACUGGAACUUCAACAACGGCUGUAACAUCUACAAGAACACUUCCAAUGAGGAAUUAUACUUGGGAGGUUGAUCCACAGGACAUCUCUGGCCACAUGGACAUGGGCGAAAGUGCCCCAAACCCCGCUUUGACAGUUCUGUUCCUGCUUGUUGGCGUAAUCGUGGUGGUAAUCCUGGCCAACGUUGUACACCGAUGGAUAUUACCACUCAGUGGAUCCAGACCCAAUAGUGAAAAGGCUGUUAGUUUCCGGAAGGCUUUCCAGAGUCUGAGGAAAACUCGGAAAAGAACUAGCUCGGAUCAGGCAUUGUGCGACACUGAUAACGAGGACGGAGAUUACUUCGAGGAAAUGGGAGUGGACAUACGUAGUAGGACCGACCUUUGAGAGUAUUGAUGAAUAAGAAAUAUAAGUGAGAUAAGAAAAUUUGA